UGUGUUGGGAAAAUGCCGCAUCCAUUUGGAAAAGAAGAAGCUGCCUCUCAGAAACAGCUUUUUGAAUUUUUCUGUGAGUGUCUGCAGAGGGGAGAAUGGGAGCUGGCCCAGGCAUGUGUACCACAGCUACAAGGGGGACCAGGGGAUAUCCCAAAGAGGGUGGAAGACAUACUUCAGGCACUGGUGAUGUGUCCGGAUUUACUGAGAUGGGGACAGGAUAUCAGCCCUCAAAGAUUAGCCUGGCUCUGGCUUCUUGUACUGGAAAAAUGGUUCGUCCAGGGAAAGAAAUUUCUCCCAGCUGUUUUCCGGAGAAAGCUUGAGUAUCUUUUAUUGUCAGAAGACCUACAAGGUGACAUUCCAGAGGACAUCUUUAUGGAGUUCCAUGAGGUCUUAGCUCAAGAAGCAGUAGACCUUGUGCCUGGUGGAAAUAAGAGGUGGGAGAGCUCGUCCCCUCGGCUCAGUGCCAAAGCUGUCUCUGUGCUCUGGGAUCUUCUGAGGCGGGCUCCCCAGCCAGCUCAGGCCUUGCUGGAGCUCCUGCUUAGAGAGGAAGACAUCACUGGCCUUUGUGGCUGGCCUCUGCAGAAAGCACUGGUGGACCUCGUCCACAAGGCACUGAAGACUUUGCAGGGUCCUGAUGCUGGCUGCCCUGGGGAGGCAGAAGCCAUCUACGGAGCCUUGCGGGCUCUGCGAUGCUCUUCAGAGCCCCUCGGGGUUGAAUUACGCCUGCUGUGUGAGGACCUGGUGGAAGUCUGCAGGACUGAGGGGAGCCCCCUUCAGGAGGAGCGCUUGCUCGGCUGCCUGCUGCACAAGGCUGGACGAGGCCUGCUCUCCCUGUAUGGCCAUACCUAUGCAGAAAAGGUCACAGAAAAGCCACUGGGGGCCACAGCUUCAGGAAAAGUCUCACUGGACCAUCUGGAUCCUGAGCGGGCAAUGCUAACUCUGUUCUCCAACCCCGACCCAGCCCAGGCUUGGAAAGUGACCUAUUUCUAUUGCCUGAGCAACAGCAAGCACUUCCUCGAGCAGAUCCUGGUAACAGCACUGACACUUCUGAAAGAGGAAGACUUCCCAAGUCUUGGCUGCCUACUAGACAGAGAAUUCAAGCCCCUCAGUCAACUGCUCGUGCUUCUCGGCUGGACGCACUGCCAGAGCCUGCAGUCAGCUAAGAACCUUCUCCAAACCCUCCACCAGACCCAGGGUCGAGAUUGUGAUAAGCUCCUCAGGGAUGCCUGUGAUGGCUUGUGGGCUCACCUGGAGGUCCUGGAGUGGUGUGCACAGCACAGCAGCAACUCCAUACCAAAGAGAGAUCUCUUGUGUCAUUUACAUGGCGGAGACAGCCACUCAGUGCUCUACUCUCUCCAUCAUCUCACAAACCUUCCAGCCCUCAGGGAGGAAGAUGUUCUCAAGCUCCUACAGAAGGGACCAGCCAGGGACCCCCAACGAGAAGAUGAUUCAACUGAUGAUGCCCUGGUCCCUGACCACCUGAGCCACAGUCAGAGCCUGACACUCUACCAGGGCUUCUGUGCCAUGAAGUAUGCCAUCUAUGCCCUCUGUGUGAAUUCACACCAGCACUCCCAGUACCAGGAUUGCAGAGAGGGCCCCUCUGAGGACCUGGCCUCAGCCACGGAGCCAGGGAAGGACAUGCCCUCCUCCCCAGGUCCUUCAGCUCUCUUCUCAGCAUACCUGGCUAGGUGUCAACAGUAUCUCUGCAGGAUUCCUGACUCAUUGUGCCUGGAAGUUCUGGAAAACAUCUUCUCCUUGCUCCUUACCACCUCAGCCGAUCUUCAUGCAGAGCCUCAGCUGCCUGAGGACUAUGCUGAGGAUGACGACAUUGAGGGGAAAGAUUCCUUGGGUUUGACAUCCCCAUCAGAGAGCCCUCAGCACAUAGCUCAGCCCGAGAGGAAGUCAGAACGGGGCUUUCUGAGAGUCCCCAGGAGCCCUACCUGUACUCUUCCCAGCUGUCCGAAGGCAGAGCCAAAAGACAAUGCAGGGCCUCACAGACACAGCUUUUUGGACCUAAUGCACUUUACUAGUGGUGUCAAUGGAUUCCUGGCUGAUGAACUUUCAAUGGGGGCCUUCCUCAGGCUUCUCCAGGUGCAGCUGGAUGAGAUCAGCAGCCACAACCACCCAGAGAAACCAAAGCUGCCUGAAGGCCUGAGCUGCCCUGGAAGCAGAGAUGGGCUGCCGAGCCGCCUGCACCGGUUUUCCAAGGUUCUCUCUGAGGCCCAAUGGAGAUACAAGGUGGUGACAAGCAACCAGCACUCAGAGGAGCGUCUAACACCCACCCAGAGAUACCGACGUGUUGCCACACGGUACCCCAGUGUCCGCCGGGGUCGUCGGACAAGAAGGAGCCGGGCAGAUGGCCGGGACAGAGGUUCCAACCCAUCCCUGGAAAGUACAAGUAGUGAACUGAGCACAAGUACUUCAGAGGGGAGUCUGAGCACUUUGUCUGGGCGGAAUGAGCUGGAUGGCCGGUUGCAGCCCCAACCUCAAAGUUUACUUAUCCCCAUGAUGUUCUCGCCACCCGAGUCACUGCUGGCAUCCUGUAUCCUCCGGGGGAACUUUGCAGAAGCCCAUCAGGUGGUGUUCACGUUCAACCUAAAGUCCUCGCCCAGCUCGGGAGAACUGAUGUUCAUGGAGCGCUACCAGGAGGUGAUCGAAGAGCUGGCCCGAGUGGAGCACAAGAUCGAAAGCCGGCACUCGGAUGGCGGGGAUAGCAGCACCAUUCGGAGAACUGGCAGUGGCCGCUCAACUCUACAGGCCAUCGGCAGCGCCGCCGCGGCAGGCAUGGUGUUUUACUCCAUAGCUGAUGUGACCGAGAAGCUUCUCAGCACCUCUGGAGACCCAAUCCCCAUACUCCAAGAAGAUUUCUGGAUAAGUAGCACCUUGCUGGAGCCCACUGCUCCCCUGAGAGAAGUUCUGGAAGACCUCAGCCCUCCUGCCAUGGCAGCAUUUGACCUAGCUUGCUCUCAGUGCCAGCUCUGGAAAACUUGCAAACAACUCUUGGAAACUGCCGAACGGUAUCUGCACAACAGCCUUGAGAACCGAGGUCGACAGCUAGACCACAUACCACUCAACAUUGAUGGCAUUCGAGGAUUUCCAGGUGUGGUUCAGCAGAUCCGUAAGAUUCUCAAUUAUCCACUGAUGUCAACAGGACAGACUAAAUCAGAGAAUAUAGAAGAAAAAGGAGGAGGGCCCCCAAGGUGCAGCAUCAGCGAGCUUCUCCAGAUGUGUUGGCCCAGCCUAACAGAGGACUGUGUUGCCAGUGAGGUCGCCCUCUCCCAGCAGUUAGAACAGGUCCUUCAGGCGCUGAGAGAGGCACUAGUGCUGCCAGAGCCCAAGAGUACUCCACUCUCUUCCCUGGUGGAGCAGGCAGCCCAGAAAGCUCCCGAGGCCGAGACUCACCCUGUGGUCAUCCAGAUUCAGCUCCUCCAGAAGAACCUGGACAAACAGACCCCAGCAGGCAGCAGGCAGACUAACUAUGUGGGCACCUUCCACGCUUACUGUAGCACCCUGGCUGCGGUUCUCCUGCGCAGUUUGAGCUCUGAGCCUGAUCACGCGACGGUCAAGGUAGGAAAUCCCUUUGUUCUCCUGCAGCAGAGCUCUUCCCAACUGGUGUCCCAUUUCCUUCUUGAAAGACAAGUUCCCCCAGACAGGCUGGCAGCCCUUCUGGCCCAUGAGGGUCUCAAUCUGAAUGUGCCACAGGUCAUCGUCAACUGCUGCUGCGAACCCCUUGCCCUUUGCGCUUCCUGGCAAAACCAACAGACAUCGUCCCUUGUGACCCACCUGGGCAUCGUGGCCUACCUGCACUGCCUGGAUUGCCUCCCACUUUCUACACUGAGCAUCCCAAGGCCAACUGAGAGUAGCACACUGGAGAGCAAGCCUCACUGCUCUCUAAGGGACUCGUCACCCGCAGCCCUCACCAACUCUGCCUUGGCCUUCCUGAAGUCCCGUUCAAAGCUGCUGGCUACCGUGGCCUGCUUGGGGGCUAACCGGGGCUCAAAGUCCAGUAAGCCCAGCUUGUCAUGGAAGGAGCUUCGUGGUCGCAGGGAGGUACCUCUGACUGCAGAGCAGGUCUCCCGGGAGUGUGAGCACCUCCUGGAACAGUUCCCCACACUUCAGGACUUCCUGCUGGCUGCCUGGAAGCCCCUCCAAGGCUCCUCCGAGCAAGGGCAGAGUCUGGCCGCGAGGCUUUGUUGUCAGGCCAGUCUCUCCACCGUCCUCCUAGGCCUGCACUCUCCCACCGCCCUGCCUGUGCUGACAGAGGCAUUUAAGGAAGCACUGGUGGCCAAAGAUUGGCUGCGAGCACUUCGGCUCACUGACGUGUACGGACGAGACAUGGACGAGUGGAAUAGCGUCAAGGAUGCAGUCCUGAGCUGUGCUGCCGCUUGUGACAAAGAAGGUUGGCAAUACCUGUUUGCUGUAAAGGAUGCAUCUCUGAGAAGUCAGUUGACCCUACAGUUUGUGGACAGGUGGCCCCUGGAGUCGUGCCUGGAGAUCCUGGCCUCCUGCAUCUCAGACCGCAGUGUCCAGGAAGGACUGAAGUGUGAGCUGCAGAGAAAGCAGGAAGAGCUGCAGGUGUAUCAGAAGAUUCUAGCUUUGCAGACUACCCCGCUGUGGUGUGACUGGCAGACCUUGAGGAGCUGUUGUGUUGAGGACCCGUCCACUGUCAUGAACAUGAUUCUAGAAGCAAAGGCGUAUGGUCUGUGUGAAGAGUGGGGCCAUCUAUACCCCAUUCCAAGAGAACAUUUAAUCAGCCUACAUCAAAAGCAUCUUCUCCACCUUCUCGAAAGAGGAGACUCGGAGAGGGCUCUGCAGCUCCUGCAGAGAAUCCCUGACCCCACCAUGUGCCUUGAAGUCAUGGAGCAGUCCCUUGAUCAGCACCCUAGUCUGGCCACCUCACACUUCUUGGCCAACUACCUCACUGCCCAGUUCUAUAGAGAACUGAGUGCUGCCCGGCACCAUGAAAUCCAGGCGCUGUCCUUGGGCUCCAAGAUUCUGCUGACCCUGCCUGAGCAGCACCGUGCAAGUUAUGCCCACUUAUCCUCUAGCCCCCUGCUCAUGCUGGAGCAGCUGCUGAUGAACAUGAAAGUGGACUGGGCCACUGUGGCUGUGGAUAUUCUGCACCAGCUGCUGGUCGGGCAGGAGAUCGGCUUCUCCACAGAGGAGGUUGACGCGCUGCUUUCCAGAUACGCAGGGAAAGCCCUGGACUUCCCAUACCCUCUGAGGGAGAAGCGAGCAGAUCCUGUGAUUCACCUCCAGGAAAUUGUCAGUCAAGUUCCAGACCCUGAGACCUUAACUGGAUCCUCAUCAGUAGUGUUCCCUUCGUCCUCUUCCGGUAUCUCCAAUGUACAUUUCCCAAGCCCAAAGGAAAGGAGCUUCCCACAGAGGCAACCCCUUCUGGAAUUUGUGCCCCCCGCGACACCCCCUGCUAGACACCAGUGGGUACCAGAUGAAACUGAGAACAUCUGCAUGGUCUGCCGCCGAGAACACUUCACCAUGUUUAACAGGCGCCAUCACUGUCGGCGCUGUGGUCGGCUUGUGUGCAGCUCCUGCUCCACUAAGAAGAUGACGGUGGAUGGCUGCAGAGAGAACCUUGCUCGUGUCUGUGACCAGUGUUACAGCUACUUCAACCAAGAUUUGCCAGAGGAGAAUCCAGGAGAAUCAGAAGCACCAGACAGCUCUGAGAGUGGAAGCCCUCCGUUCUCAGCCGUGGUGAGAGUCCCCAAAGUAGCCGAGCUGGAAUGGACUUUGGAUCUGAAUGAGGAGGAAAAUGAGCUGGUGCGGAGUGAAUUUUACUAUGAGCAGGCUCCCAGCGCCUCCUUGUGCAUUGCCAUCCUGAAUCUGCACCGGGACAGCAUUGCCUGUGGCCACCAGCUGAUUGAGCACUGCUGCAGGCUGUCCCAGGGCCUCACCAACCCUGAAGUGGAUGCAGGGCUGCUCACAGACAUCAUGAAGCAGCUACUCUUCAGCGCCAAGAUGAUGUUUGUCAGGGCCGGCCGGAGCCAGGACUUGGCUCUUUGUGACAGCUACAUCAGCAAGGUCGAUGUACUGAAUAUUUUAGUUGCUGCUGCCUACCGCCACGUGCCAUCUCUGGAUCAGAUCUUGCAGCCAGCUGCUGUAACCAGGCUACGGAACCAGCUGUUGGAAGCUGAGUACUACCAGCUGGGCGUUGAGGUCUCUACAAAGACUGGGCUUGAUACUACUGGGGCAUGGCAUGCUUGGGGCAUGGCCUGCCUCAAAGCUGGGAACCUCCCUGCCGCACGGGAGAAGUUCAGCCGCUGUCUGAAGCCCCCUUUUGACCUCAAUCAACUGAGUCACGGCUCAAGGCUGGUACAGGAUGUGGUUGAGUACCUGGAGUCCACAGCAAGGCCCCUCAUGUCCUUGCAAGAUGAUGAGUAUUUUGCCACCUUGAGGGAACUGGAAGCUACGCUUAGGACCCAGAGCCUCUCCCUGGAGGUGAUUCCUGAUGGGAAGAUCAUGCACAACACCUACUACCAAGAAUGCCUCUUGUAUCUGCAUAACUACAGCACCAACCUGGCCAUCAUCAGCUUCUACAUGAGGCACAGCUGCCUGCGGGAAGCCCUGCUGCACCUCCUCAACAAGGAGAGUCCUCCAGAAGUCUUCAUAGAAGGUAUUUUCCAGCCAAGCUAUAAAAGUGGGAAGCUGCAUGUUUUGGAAAACUUGUUGGAAUCUAUAGAUCCCACCUUGGAAAGCUGGGGAAAAUACUUGAUUGCUGCCUGCCAGCAUUUGCAGAAGAAGAAUUACUACCACAUUCUGUACGAGCUACAGCAGUUCAUGAAGGACCAAGUCCGGGCCGCCAUGACCUGUAUUCGGUUCUUCAGUCACAAAGCAAAUACAUACACAGAACUAGGGGAGAAGCUCUCAUGGCUACUUAAGGCCAAAGACCAUCUGAAGAUCUACCUCCAAGAAACGUCCCGCAGCUCCGGAAGGAGGAAAAGCACCCUGUUCCGAAAGAAGAUGACCGCAGCUGAUGUAUCAAGACACAUGAACACCCUCCAACUGCAGAUGGAAGUGACAAGGUUCUUACAUCGGUGUGAGAGCGCUGGGACCUCUCAGAUCACCGCCUUGCCUCUCCCAACCCUGUUUGGAAAUAACCACAUGAAAAUGGAUGUGGCCUGCAAGGUCAUGCUGGGAGGGAAAAAUGUAGAAGAUGGUUUUGGAAUUGCAUUUCGAGUUCUGCAGGACUUCCAGCUGGAUGCUGCCCUCACCUACUGCAGAGCUGCGCGGCAGCUGGUCGAGAGGGAGAAAUACAGUGAGAUCCAGCGGCUGCUCAAAUGCGUCAGUGAGUCGGGCAUGGCAGCCCAGAGCGAUGGAGACACCAUCCUCCUCAACUGCCUGGAAGCAUUCAGGAGAAUCCCACCCCAGGAGCUGGAGGACCUGAUCCAGGCAAUUCACAAUGAUGACAACAAGGUUAGAGCCUACCUGACGUGUUGCAAACUGCGUUCCGCCUACCUGAUUGCAGUGAAGCAAGAACACUCGAGGGCUACCACGCUCGUCCAGCAGGUGCAACAGGCCGCCAAGAGCAGCGGGGAUGCCGUGGUGCAAGAUAUCUGCGCUCAGUGGCUUCUGUCAAGCCACAUCCGGGGAGGCCACGGCGCUGGCUCCAGGAAGUAA